CGUUCAUGAACUACACAUCCCUGUUCGAUUUGCCGCCAAUGUCAACCGCCAACUGCCAGAGUGCCAAGAGGGCAAGUUUGGGUUUUAUUUCAGGUCGCGUACCAAACACUCCGUUUCGUUGGUACUUUGGUUGAUACUAAAUAGUAAAUGGGGUUUCCUUUGAACACAUUUUUACCAUUUUUGUGUUGUGCAUGUUUUUAUGUUGUACCAAGUUGAGUUUUGAUUGAAACAACUAUGGAUCCGUUUGAAUACCAAGCUCCCAAAUUCGUCGAAAGAUUGCAAGAAAAAGCCGAGAACCUUGAAAACGAUGGAGCAGACGAGUUCUUUGAUAUCCCAGAAUUAAACAGCUUUACCGAUACAAAGGAGAAUCCUGUAUUUUUGACGCCUAAACAAAAACAAGAAUUAAAAGAGCAAUUUUUCACACCAUUACCUCUUGUAAAAGGUUCACCUGUAAAGGUUUUAUCUAAUAAAACUAAUGAGCAAGCUCCUACUCAUAAAACACCCGGCAAACAUCCAAAAGGACCAAGACCUAUUAUAAAAGCCAAAAGACGAGUCUCAAAUGUCAACAAAAAAGCCGAAAGCAAUACAGAAGGAUUAAAAAACUUGACUUUCAGAAAGGAGAAAAUUAAAUUAGAUUCAGUUCCACCUGAAAAACAGCACUCCAUGAUAACUAGACAUGAUGUUUUCAAGAGUCUUAGAAAGGGAGUGAUAAAUAAAGAAGCAGUGAAAAGAAAGGGUUCUCCGAUAAACUAUGGGGGAAAACAUAUGACAUUGGCAGAACACUUGUUUCAUUUUCAAAAUGACACACCGCCAAGGUUUAAGUCAAAAUCUAUAAGAUCAUCCGCUAUUCCACUAGAGAGGACAAGAUUGACUUUAACAAUGGCUCACUCUCCUCAACUGGCGACAAAGCAUAGAACACGUGCACAUCCUGUACCUUCUCGAGUAGAUAACAGCAACCUUGUGAAGGCACAUCCUGUAAAUAAAAACAUAUUUAAACCUCCAGUGAUGAACAGACCACCUCCUAGGCCAUCUACUAUGCCUGUACCAUUUAAAUUAACCGAGGUUAAGACAAAGGCAUCGCAUAAAACAAUGCCUGAACCCUUUCACUUUAAGGCCAGGCCAGCUCCCAAGCCCAGUAAAAAUAAUGAGAAUAAUGAAAUAUUUGAAAGUAAUUUAUUCAAAGGCCUUAAGUUGGUUACUGGUGGUAAGAAGGUGACUGAAGUCAAGCCUUUUAGCUUCGAUGAAAGAAAUAAGAAAAAACAAUUAGAGAAGGAGGAAAAGAUUAAAAAGAUUAUUGAUGAAGAAUCCAAAAUACCAAAAUUCCACGCUAAACCACCACCUUCCACACAAAUGAGGCGUGCUUAAACAUGGUAGAAUCACCUAGAGGCCCAGUGGCUCUGUGUAAUAUGUCUUGUUUAUAAAUGUGUUUUUGUUUGCUUGCUUUUAUGUUCUUUUAAAUGAUUUUAUCGAAAAUUUUGUUGAUAGGCUCAAAAUGCCACUUAUUUACGUACAUUUUCUUAUAUAGCAGAAUGGUACCCAGGUGGUGAAAAUGAUUUAAAUUUAUAGAAAUGAUGAAGGUGAGGUAUAGAUUCACUUCUGGUUUUUGUAGUGUGAAAAAGCAUAAUAUGAUUUAAUCUGUUAAACAUAACCAUUAUAUAUUUUUUAUUGUAUGUAUAUUUUAAUAAUGGCUUCUUUAUCAGAAAAAUUAUUGUAUACUUUUCUUAUUGCAAUGAUACAUAGCAUUGAUUUUA